AGAAAACAGCCCAAUGAGAAACGGUUACAUGCAAUUGUAACGAAUGUAGGGAUUUUACUGUCCAAUCCUAGUGUAGAAACAAGGCGGGACUUAGCGUUACCAAGGCAAGUCUUGAGUCAAGUAUAAAGGGAAAUAACAUGGUGUCCCAGUGGCUGUUUAUGUUUACUUAAAGAACAGAUUUGAAAGGGCGUUUUGCAAGACACAACGGAGUUUUCUUUAUAGUUUCACAGUAUUUUGCACUUUAACUUUUUUAUGUUAAGAUUUACAAGGCCAGUGGCAUGUAAAUCUCAUACUUCACUAAUGUGCCAGUUUUACAAAUGGAAAGGGGGCUUCACUUUGGAAACGUGAGCAUUUCCCUGGUGCUCCUACUAUUGCUGAACUCGCUCAUCGAAUUCGGGACUUCGCAAGCUCAGGGCUCCGCCAUCGGGAGGGAGCCUCAGUUCGUCACCCGGGGUUCAGGUUCGACCUCGGGGGAAGAUGUUACAAGAGUCAUGGAGCGGGGCUUGGAGAACGUUGGCUCCCCGGUCAUUGUAGCAGACGUUACCGUGGAGGAUGACGAGAACGGUUCGGCGGGGGAGGCCGACGAAUCAUACGGAGACGGUAACGGAAACGUCCAACCGACGAGGUCUCUUGUGAUCAUCAGUACCUUGGAUGGCCGGAUCUCUGCUCUGGAUCCUCACAACGAGGGCAGGAAGCAGUGGGACCUAGAUGUCGCCUCAGGGUGCCUGGUGUCGUCCAGCAUCAGCAAACCUGAGGUGUUUGGCAAUAAGAUGGUCAUCCCUUCACUGGACGGUGCCUUGUUCCAGUGGAACCGGGACAGGGAGAGUAUGGAGGCAGUGCCUUUCAGUGUGGAGUCCCUGCUAGAUUCGUCUUACCGAAUCGGGGAGGACACCGUCCUGGUUGGGGGCAAAUCUCUUACUACCUAUGGCCUGGGGGCCUACAGUGGCAAGCUUCGGUACAUCUGCUCUGCGGUGGGCUGCAGUCGCUGGGGGGAGGAGGAGAUGGUACAGGAAGAUAUGCUGCUGCUGCAGAGGACUCAGAAGACCGUGCGAGCCAUCAGGCCUCGGUCAGGGAUGGAGAAGUGGAACUUCAGUGUUGGAAACUUUGAGCUGAAGCUCCUCCCUGAGACGCAGUCGGGAAUGAACUUCCUGGAGGGAGAAGUUGCGAGUGGCGACUGGAGGGAGAGUCAGCGGGUCAUCGCGGAUGAGCCAAAAGAGAGACAGCCGACGGAGAACCAGAAGAACCCAAAUCUGGACCUCGUCAUCAAAGUGUCUGUUCCUGAUUGGAAAGUCAUGGCCUUCAGUACCGAGCCUGACGGACAGCUGGUCUGGGAACGUCAGUUCUGCACACCCAUCGCGUCGGCUUGGCUGGUGGGCGGAGGCAAAGUCACACCAAUCGCCCUGUUUGACGACAAUGCCUACAGCAGCCAGUCGGAAACUGACGAGGAGGAGGAGGAAGAGGAGGGUUCAAAGAAGGCCAGAGGACCCGAAGAGUCCAGUGUUUACCUUGGGAUGUUCCAGGGACAGCUCUACCUCCAGUCCUCAGUGAGGAUCAGUGAAAAGUUUCCUUCCAAAGCCAUCGGAUCGGACAUAAUUCCACUUCCCACAGUCAAGUGGAAGCCUCUAGUCCAUUCACCAUCUCGGACCCCAGCUCUGGUCGGCUCGGAUGAAUUUGACAAGUGUCUGAAUAAUGACAAGUUCUCCCAUGAAGAAUACAGCAACGGAGCCUUGUCCAUCCUUCAGUAUCCUUACGACAACGGCUACUACUUCCCCUACAGCAAGCGUUACCGGGAGAAACGCCACAAUGCCGUGAGCCUGAUAAGCCCGGGAAAUGGGGCGGGAGCUGAGAUUCGCAGGAGGAAGGACCCCGUGCUGUUGCUACCAUGGUGGAAGGAGAUCCUCGGCACCAUCGUGUUCUGCAUCGCCGCCACCACCUACAUCGUCCGCAAGUUCUUCCACCCUCCCGCCCCGGUGGCUUACGUGAGGCAGCGGAAAGAGUCAGAGACCCAGUGCCAGACAGACUGCAAGUUUGACCUUGAGGUUGUGGAAUCCAAAGAGCCGGUUGCUAUGGAGACCCGUUCCAGCGAAUACGUGUCCAGGUACCUGACUGAUUUUAAGCCAGUGCAGUGCCUUGGCCGCGGGGGGUUCGGUGUUGUGUUUGAAGCCCGCAACAAAGUGGACGACUGCAACUACGCUAUCAAAAGAAUCCGUCUGCCCAACAGAGAGCUGGCCCGAGAGAAGGUGAUGCGAGAGGUGAAGGCCCUGGCCAAGAUGGAACAUCCGGGGAUUAUCCGAUACUUCAACGCCUGGCAGGAGAGCCCCCCCGAGGGCUGGCAGGAAGAGAUGGAUCAGAGGUGGCUGAAAGAUGCCAGUACGACAGACUGGCCUAUGAGCUUCCUUGACCACAUGGAGGCGCUGUCCGUCAAAGUUCCAGUGUCCAGCUCCGUGUCGCCGGUGUCUGCUGGAGGAGAGGCUCAGGAGGUCUCCGUGGACACACAGGCCCUGCUCUCCAGUAGUGCCGGCGGUGGUUCUGUGGGUUUCGGUGUGGACGACGGAGACCUGUCCUUCCACCCGCAGCUGGGCCACGACAGCCUGAUGUCUGAGAGGGACAGCCAGGCCGACCCCGAUGCCUCAGACACCCCUAACUCCUUCGAGCUCUGUCCUCCCCGCGGCCCCAGCGACUGCACCUCUUCUUCCUUUGACAUCGUGUUCGAGGACUCGGGCUGCGACCGAGAUGCCGACGCCGACACAGACUCGGCUUCUAGUGCAGCCAGUCCGAGCAGUACGACGGAGAAGAACAGCUCGUCUUCUUCGCACACCAGACAACAGGAAUCUGUCCCGUUCUCCUCUUCCUCUCCCCCCCGGCCGACCUCACUUACCCUGGCUCUCCCCACAUCUCCUCCAACCACGCGAGUCCAGCCUUCUCCCAAGGUGUACCUGUACAUCCAGAUGCAGCUCUGUCGGAAAGAGAACCUGAAGGACUGGAUGGCUCAGCGCUGCCUCCCGGAGCAGAGGGAGCACAACCAGUGUCUGGAUAUCUUCCUCCAGAUCGCAGAAGCUGUCGACUUCCUGCACAGCAAGGGGCUCAUGCACAGAGACCUCAAGCCCUCCAACAUCUUCUUCACUAUGGAUGACGUGGUGAAGGUGGGAGACUUCGGCCUGGUGACGGCCAUGGACCAGGAGGAGGACGAGGACGAGCCGAGCGCCCUGACGCCCGCUCCGCUCCUGACCCGACACACGGGCCAGGUCGGCACCAAACUGUACAUGAGCCCAGAGCAGCUCUCUGGAAACUCGUACUCUCACAAAGUGGACAUUUACUCUCUGGGUCUGAUCCUGUUUGAGCUGCUGUAUCCCUUCAGUACGCAGAUGGAGAGAGUGAGGACGCUGACUGAGGUGCGAGCGCUGAGCUUCCCAGAGGUUUUCUCCAAAAACAACGUUCAGGAGCUGAGUAUGGUGCGCAGCAUGCUGUCGUGGAGCCCCGGCGAGCGUCCUGAGGCGGCCGAGAUCACAGGGACUCCCCUCUUCCAGGAGCUGGAGCUGCCGUGGCGAGUGGUCGUCAGGCAGCGUUCCCGCACCUACAGCGCCUCGUCCAUGGGUCGCCCCUCACGCCAGUCCUCGUCUACCUGAAAGUCCCAUGACGCAAUAUGUAACCCCCCCCAUCCCACGAUCCCCCUGUUUCCCUUUCAACCCCCUGCUGGUCUGCAGCUCAAGAGAAACACCUCAGCCCCCCGCCGUCACACACUGCCUCAGACUUUAAACGCCAAGUCCGACAAAUGUGCAGGAAUUUAUCUCGGAGGCUUUCGAGCAGCGAGACAAAGUCCUGCACAGUUACUCUCCUUGGCAAAUACACAUACUGUUAUAUAUUCACACGCCAUCAUGCUGCCCACGUUCCCAAUUUUAAUCACACUUACAAGUGAAAGAAUAUUUUAAAAGCAGCAGCCGUUCUUUAAAUGGACUGUGUUUAAUGUUCACGACCAGACUUGGCUCAAGUGGUACAAGCAAAUAAUUAUUAGUGGUUAUUUGAAAUGUCUCCCGAGCACCAGAUGGGCCAGUGAGCUCAGCGUAGACGCAGCUAGUAUCCACAGAACAUUCUCUCACUAAUUGAUUCUGAAAUGUUUACCUGUGAUUGUCUUAAACAAGCGGCAUUCUCCUCACUCUGACGUGGCAAACUCAACCGUCUGGUACUCUGAGAUGACUGACAGACAUGCGUAUGUAAUUGUUUUACAUAUGAUUUGGUGCCGGUCUGGUCCCGACAUACUGCUUGCUCCCAGUGUUCACUCACCCACGCUACACCUCAGGUAUCAAAACCAAGAGGACACUCCGAAGGGGCCUUUGAUGCUUGAUCAUCCUAUCUACUAGUGACCAGUACUGAUCACUGGUACGAGCACUAUGGUGUUCUGACACCCAAUAUGCCUGAUUUGGGAGACCAAAAAAGACCAUCUUUUUUCCUAUGUGUUUUUUUAACGAGAGAAGGUGAUGUAUUGCGUAGAGAAGAGUAUAUGAAUCCGGAUCAUCAGAUAUGAUUUGCCUUUAGAAAGGGGCCGCCGGCCUCCUCUGGAUGAAUGCUGAGCCUCUGACUCCUGUCUUUUUUUGCAUGUACCCGAUGGGACAGUGAAGGGGGGGGGGAGUGUAAGUUUGUUAUCUUAAAGCCAGUACUUGGAAGCAGUUUUUUCUGUGUGUAAAUGUACACAAUGACUCUGAGGUGCUCAAUCAUUUUCCAACACCUCCUCUUUGCUCUAUGUAUAUAUGAAGGGAAAAAUGUGUUUAUAUCCUUUUCUUUAAUUCCUGUACAUAUUGUAAGGCUCGAUCGCUUGUAAAUGGCUUCAUGAGGCUACUGUAAGAUAGUGUGAUAUACUGUGGGGGAGGGAACAAAGAGGAGACGAUCUCUGCCAUUAAUGGAUAGCUGAAUGUUACAGUGUGACCUCCAGAGACAGGUGGUGGUGGUGGUGGUGGUGAUGAUGAUGAUGGUGGUCACCUCUACUAUUAUUCUCAGUGUUUGUCUUCACGUGUGCUGGGUACCAAGUGGAAGGGGUUUGCCCCGCGUUGAGCACCAGACUAGAACCUCCAGGACCAGAGUGCCAUUUGAAAGUCAGUUACAUGUACUUUUCUGCACCUGAUAACUCGCCUCACAUUUUUUUUGGGAUUCGUGCUACUGUGCUCCAACCCCGUCCAGCUGGUGUUCCCGGUGAAGCAAGACAAAUACUGAGGUGUGCAGCUCUCCUGUGAUGAGGAAAACUAUCAUUUAGUCAAGAAGAGGAUGCUGUUUUAUCCCCUCGACGUUGUCUACUGGGGACCUGGACCUGCUGGUGGUCAUGUGAUCCACACAAGCAUUGUUUUAUGUACAUAAGAAGUGCUGGAGAGUCACAUGACCCGUUUGUAACUUCACACACACACACACAAACUGCUAAUUGUAAUGUGUUUUCAAUGAUUGUACUUUUCUAAGGAUGUCCUGUCCUUUUUCUUUGUUUGUUUUAAUAAGCGCCGGUUUUUUUUUUUGUUGUUUUUAUUCUGCAGGGUUUUUGGUUACUGUAAAGUCUUGACUGUGUUUGAUACAGGAAGUCAAACUGAUGUUUGUUCAUCCACUCACUAAACCCACUAAAGAUGAGUUAUUCUUGUUGUGAUAUCAUCAGUUCUCUCCUCGAGGUUUAAAUACACACUGUACUCCCACCGCGAUGAGGCUGCACAGUCUCAUCACGGCGUAGCCUCAAGAUAUUCGGGGGUGAAAUGUGAAAACUGAAUUCUGACAGAGUUGCUUUGUGAAGACAGUAUGUGAGUACUGCUACUCAAAUGUUGACAAUGUAACACCUUUUGUAGAGUAAUGUUUAAUAUUUUAAUAAUGGAACCAGGAUAUGGCAUUCUAACACAAUAAGUUAACACGAUUUUGCAACUUUUUUACCGUUCAUUUUAUAGAAGAGAGAAUUGCAACAAAAAGAAGGAAACUCUCACAACUGAAAUCACCUACAGCAGUAAAAAGCUUGUCAGCUUUGUACCAUUAAGACUUUAAAACUGCAUUAUUGGUAAUCGUGUGGUAUCGGAGGUGUUGGAGAUUUUCUUCUUUUCAUUUAAACCAAGAAAAUGUCACGAUACUUUAGGUUUUCAUGCUUUUUUUAUUUUGUUUUUGUGUUUUUCCUCCUCUCUCUCUCUCUCCUGCCGUCCAGGUAGCUUUUCCUGAGGACAGUUUGAUUCAAACAUAAGACCCCCCCCCCCUCCCCCCUCCCCUGAUGCUUCUGUCUGGAUAUUCUGUCCAUUCUCUGUCCAUGUCGAAUUGUAAAUAUGUUUAUUUGCUUUAUUUAUGUUUUGACCGUGAUCAAUCCUUUUUGGGUUGGUGUUAAUAUGAAUGCGUUUCAUGAGAUGGAGUGCGUUGGAAUAUGAUGACUUCUUACAAGUCUAAAUUUAAUAAACUGUUCUAUACCGUU